CCAACACUUAAUACAAUGACAGCCACAAAUCUGUUGAUGAGUUUUUCCAACUCUUCUCUGUCAUCAUCUCACAGACACACCGAGUCGCUUCAGAAAUGGAUUACGGUCCGCGACCGCAAAACAGACAAAAGAUGGAAAAGUGGUGGAAUGAGCUUUGCGAGGCUCAAGUCAAACACCUUCCACUUCUGCCUAAUCCUCGACCCCGCGCUUUGACGCCGAGUCUGACUCCAGCCGAUGAACUUAUCUCCAAUCUAGUGCCAAGACCACUGUACCAAGAGUCCUGUUUCCGGUUCAAAGUUCCGCCCAAUAUCCGAAGAGAUAUUCUUCGACUUGCCUUUGGAGAUACACGUCUUCACAUGUAUUUGAAUCGUGACUAUCCUGAUGUCCCUCCAGAACCAGAUUCCAAGUUUCACUGCAGAGUUGUUACGGAGCCCGAGAACUGGGGCUACCAGCGCUUCCCAGUGACUGAUGGAAGUCAGGCAGAAGUAUGGCAAUGGCGGGGCUCCAGAUGUCACCGUUACCCUCCCAGUAUAGCAAAGGCCCAAGGCCCAAUGACUCAUGGUGGUUCUAAAGGACCAUGGAUUGACUUCUGUCGUAAUGGAGGCGACCCAGAUAUCUGUGAAGCUUGGAGGGAAGAUGAAGGCCCUUCUGCUUGUAAUAUCGGGGUAAUCGGUUGGCUCUUAUCAUGCAGACAGAACUACAUGGAGACGAUUGACAUUUUGUAUUCUACCAACAUGCUGAUACUCGGUGAAGCAUGUAUGGUCGAACAUCUUCCCUCCCUCAUCCCCCCUCAGCGACUCGAGAUGAUAACUUCUUUGGAAAUCACCUGGACGCUGAAAUCGUAUUUCACCGCCGAUCAAGACUACGAUAAUAUGGAUGAGAGACAUCUGAAGUCCAUAUUUGAUCUUCUGUCACCGUCAAAGUUCCCUGCACUCCGUCGACUUCACAUCUGGUUCGCCAAAGAUCGGGCAGCCUGGCUCAGUGUUCAUGGCAUCGAGGCUUGCGAGAAGGUUAUCUUAGAGCACUUGGAUUCAUUUGUACAAUUUAGGCGCGAUCUACAGGAAUGUGCGUUUGCGCUUCCUCGUUGCUUCUUCAAAAGGAAAUACGCGGCUGCCAGAGGAGUGACCACGGAUGAAACCGAGGAAUUGAGACACUCCCUGCAAGAUUACUCGUACCGACAAGUGUGGCGAGAUCUCCAUGGAGAUAUGACUGUCGUGCAGUUGCCGUACGUUGACAGCUAUCCCAAAGUUCCUUAUCACAUAACCGCGAGGGAUGAUCAGGCUGCUGGAUAUUGGAUUCUUGAAGCACCUUACGACGAUCUGCCGGUUUAUCGCACUACCAGUCCUCCUCCUGCAUGUAUAUGUCUGAGAUCCAGUUCACCACACAACCCUGUAUCACCACGCAGCGCUCGAUCAGGAAACAGUCCUAGGACACCAUGCUACUGUCCUAUGUCAUCCGGGUACAGUCCUACAUCACCACCAUCCCGCCUCCCAUCACCAAGCGGCUCAGAUCAGCGUAGGGUCACUGAGAUAGAUCAUACCUAGAGGUUAACAAAAGGCCAAUUUGCACUUCGAUGGGCUUACCUGCUUGGGGUCUAGAAUUAGCUAAUGUACCUAGACUGGACAGAUAGUUCUUCUUACAGCUAAUCAAAACCAGGGA